AUGCGCAACACGCUCAUUUUCGCUGGCAACUCGUGCCCAGCUCUCACCGGCCAGAUAUGUGAGAACCUGGGCAUGACGCCUGCCAAAGCGGAGCUGACCCAAUUCUCCAAUGGCGAGACAAGUGUCAGGAUCCUCACCAGCGUCCGAGAGAAGGAUGUCUUCGUCGUCCAGUCGGGGAGCCCCCGCAUCAACGACUCCAUCAUGGAGCUGCUCAUCAUGAUCUCGGCGUGCAAGGGCGGCUCCGCCAACAAGGUCACAGCGGUGCUCCCGUACUUCCCCUACAGCCGGCAGUCAAAGAAGAAGUCUCCGCGAGGCGCCAUCACAGCCAGGAUGCUUGCUAACCUGCUCGGUGUUGCCGGCGUUAAGCACGUCGUCACCGUCGACCUGCACGCAUCCCAGAUGCAGGGCUUCUUCCGAUGCCCUGUCGACAAUUUGCACGCUGAGCCCAUCAUCGCUAAGUGGAUCAAGCGAAACGUGCCAAAUUGGAAGGAGGCUGUCGUGGUGUCCAAAAACCCCGGUGGAACCAAGAGAGUCACGUCGCUGGCGGAUGCGCUCAAGCUCAACUUUGGCUUGGUCACCACCGAUAGAAGACGUGGGACCAACAUGUCUGGAAGCAUGAUCAUGAGCCAUCUGGAUGGCUUCGAUCGUCGACCCACCACCAGAAUUGUCACCGACUCGCAAGGUUCGCCUGUCCGGUCCGGCGAUUUGUCGACAAGUGCGACGAAUCCUGCUGAGUCCGCCCCAGAAGGUCAACCCGCACCUCGGCGGAAGAGCGCUGUUCACCUCGAUUCGGACUAUGACGAUCGUCGUGCCCAGGAAGUCAUUCAUGGUCGACUCAUCCAGGGCCACAUCGUCGAGGACGACUUCCCGUCCCCGGGAAGGUCCACGGCAGGCAACAGCGUCCAGGGCGAUGAUCCCAUGACCAUGUCGCACGCUUCGUCCUUUUUCGCUCCCGAUCGCCAGUCACUAGCUGGUGGCGGUAACAACGACAGCAGCGAUGACGAGGAAGAAAAGGCUUUCGAAGACCCCAAGGCAGAGCACAUGAUCACACUGGUGGGAGACGUGCGAAACCGCACCGUCUUCAUCGUCGACGACAUGAUUGACAAGCCGGGAUCGUGGAUUGCCGCGGCCGAAACCGUGGUGAAGAAGGGCCAGGCGAAGAAGGUGUACUGCAUUGCUACCCACGGUGUCUUUGGCGGAGACUGCUUGGCGCAGCUGCAGGCGUGCGAGUGCAUCGACACCAUUGUUGUUACUAACAGCUUCCCCAUCAGCGAGGAGCAGAUCAGGAAUACCCCCAAGCUGGUCAUACUGGACCUGUCGUUUCUCCUUGCCGAAGCCAUCCGCCGCAACCACUACGGCGAGUCCAUCUCCCCUCUGUUUCAGCACAUAGGAGAUUGA